UGCUCGUGCGGUGGCCCUGGCGACCAAAUCCAGCAGCUUGAUAGGCUGGAAUCACAUGACUCUGUUAAUCGGGAGUGUAUUUCCGCGUCCACAAGAGGACUUUAGCUCUCUCUCCAGCGGCUUUGAAUAAAAUCCUGAAUCGGAGGAGGUAUUUUUUGCAUCCAUCGCGCUGUCGUCGAAACGUGUCGCCGAGCUGGGAGGAAAUUCGGGAAAGGGGAGCCGCGCCGGAGCACCGCACAGCACCGACACACGACGCGGCACGAACAUGCUCACUCGGGUUAAAUCUGCGGUGGCCAAUUUCAUGGGAGGCGUUGUGGCUGGUGGCGCUGAAGGUGACUAUUCCGGAUCAGAACUGCCGCUGAAAUUCCCCUACACGAGACCCGAGUUCCUAGGACUGACCCAGGAAGAAAUCGAGUGCUCCGCAGAUCACAUCGGGCGGCCGAUUCUCAUCCUCAAAGAGAAGAAGAGAUUGCCGUGGGCCACUGGUUACGCAGAGGUGAUCAACGCAGGUAAGAGUUCCCUGAAUGAGGACCAGGCGUGUUGUGAGGUGGUGGUGGUGAGAAAGAGACCAGGAGACUCCACCACCCCCAUUAAGACCCCCACCGCCAAGAGAAGAUCCUCGCUGCCCAACGGAGAAGACCUGGGGUUGAAGGAGAACAGCGCUGACUCAGAGAGUCUGGUAUUCUACUACUGGGCAUUGUUCGACGGCCACGCUGGCUCCGGGGCUGCAGUUGUGGCCUCCAAGCUCCUCCAACACCACAUCGUCAAGCAUCUCCAGUCUGUCCUCGAGGUCCUAAGGAACCAUGUCGUUUUACCACCCACCAUCUUCGGUGAGGAGUCUAACCACCACAUGACCCCCGGGAUCCACCGGGCCACUCUGACCCGGGCCGCAUCACUCCGUGGAGCCGUUGGCGCCCCCAGCUCCCCCUGCACCCCUCCACCACAGAGGUUCUUCACAGAGAAGAAGAUCCAGCACGAUAGCCUGGUGAUGGGAGCCAUGGAGAACGCCUUCAAGGAGAUGGAUGCCCAGAUAGAGAGGGAGAAGCAGGUGUAUAACAUCACUGGGGGAUGCACAGCACUGUGUGUUGUUUAUCUGCUUGGAAAGCUAUAUGUGGGAAACGCAGGAGACAGCAGGGCGAUCAUUAUAAGGGACGGGAAGGUCAUACCCAUGUCCACAGAGUUCACUCCAGAGUCAGAGAGACAACGGCUACAGUUCCUGGGCUUCAUGCAGCCUCACCUAUUGGGAGGAGAGUUCACCCAUCUGGAGUUCCCCAGGAGAGUACAGAGGAAGGAGGUGGGCAAGAGGAUGCUCUACAGAGACUUCACAAUGAAUGGAUGGGCGUAUAAAACCAUAGAAGAUGAGGACCUGAGGUUCCCACUGGUCUACGGCGAAGGGAAAAAGGCCAGAGUAAUGGCCACUAUAGGAGUGACCAGAGGCCUUGGUGACCAUGAUCUUAAAGUCCACGAUUCCAACAUCUACAUCAAGCCUUUCCUGUCCUGCUGUCCAGAGGUGACGGUGUACAACCUAAACCAAUACGAGCACGGUGCUGACGACGUCCUGGUGAUGGGAACAGAUGGCCUCUGGGACGUCCUGUCCAACAAGGAAGUCAACGAAUCAGUCUCCACCUUCUUGGCCAACUGUGACCCUGACGACAUAAACAGGUACACGAUGGCUGCUCAGGAUCUGGUGAUGAGAGCGCGGGGAGUACUAAAGGACCGAAGCUGGCGGAUCACUAAUGAACGGCUGGGAUCUGGAGACGACAUCUCGUGUUACAUCAUCCCUCUGAUGUACGGAAACCGCCAGCCCUAGAACCACCUACAGGCCAUGAAUGGAGCAGACUCCCAUCUCUAUGGCAGGUUCCCUCCUCAACCAGCAGUACUGUACCCCUCUCUUUUUGACUCUCUCUCUGUGUGUGUCACCCCCCUCUCAGUGCUGUACUAUAAGUGAUAUUCAAGAAACGAAUCCUUCAAGAUGUUACAAUGUUCCCUUCUUCCCUAAACGGGUAUGAGCUUCAGAUUGUGGUAUGUGACCUGAGAUCCCAGUCAUGUGAUGCUGGACUGUGCUGACCUGUGCAGCUUUGUUUCCUGCUUUGCCACAGUGUGGCUUCAGAGGAGUCACUUCCUGAAGUACAGUAUUUCUUUCAGACCUACCAAGGCUCCGUACAGACAGGUGUUUGUCUGGCAGAAAAUGGUUUCUACUAAAAGUAUUAUGUAUGUCGCUUUCUAAAACAUCUCACUCAUCUCAACUGGAAAGGGAGGCUGAACUUAGUGAAGAUCAAAUGUUUUUACUUGAUGUAGCCUAUGUAAUGGAGAUAGAUUCUGUAUCCCUGACCAUAAUCUGACUGAGCAAAGUGCAAUAGUUUACUAUGGUACUGUUUCUUUAGGACUUGAUCUUGUUGUUUUUCCUCAUUGGUGUAAAAAUGGUCAUAGUCAUUCAAAAAAAACAUUAUGUUAAGAGUUCUAUUUUAUAAUAUAUUCAUAGACCAAGACCCAAGUUCUGUUACAAAUCUUAUGAUGUAGCUGUAUAUUUAUUUCUGUUCAUCACCCUGUUAGAUCAUUAUUUUAGGCUGAUAAUGUUCAAGAUGUUUAUUUGCAUGUAAUGCUGCUUGCUUUGGGAAAUUGAUGGAGAUUGGGUUCAGUCUGAACUACUAUACCUAAGAAAAGAGAUCUCUUUGCUGAAGGAUGUUUUUAGGUUUCAUAUACUAAAUGGAUUAUUAAGUAGGUUGGCCUACACCAUUGCCACUUCAGUUUGUGCCAUUUUAUGCAUAUUUUACUUUUCAAUAUUGUAAGAGGAUUUAUUUAUACUGACUGAUGUAUUGUCAGACUUGAUCCUUCAAUUCAGUGCCAGUAAUCCACAUGUCAUACUGCACCAUUGUUUUAUUUUCAUUCAUACCAUGAUAAAACAUAUGAAUUGAUGUAAACAUACUAUAUAAUUUCCUACAUGUUACAUUACAUAUUUUGGGGACAUUGUCAGCUUUGAUGUAUUGUUGAUGGUGGCUGAAGUUCUGGAUGAAGUUUUCACAGAUGCUGUGCUCGAAGAUGGUUUCCUAACAUAAGAUACUUGACUCUGCUAUCUACCCAUCAGUAGACCAUGUGCUACAUUUAGGGCUAUUUCCAAUCAGAUAGGCCUUAACCCACGAUAACCGACAACUGCAUAGCAGUUUGUGUUUUUAUUGAGAUUAUUUUAGAGGUGUAACAUCGUUGGAGCUGUCAAAUCAGCAAGUGACUCCUGGCGUUAUACCUAUCGCAGACAUUGCCAUUGGAUGCACGAGUCGCAUUAGUCUAAAUCCCAUGCAGCCUUGUUUCAAGCGCAAACAUUGGAAUGUGUGUUGUAAUCUACACCUCAAUUAGGCUGAAAUCAAUUCCUUAUUCAUUUGUUUAAUGAGUUUCAAUUUGAGUGUCACUUUCUAUAUAGCCUACACUUUCUCAUUCUGAACUUCGAAUGCGGGUGGGUUUUAUAGACAGGUGUGGUUUCGUGACAUGAUGACAAGAGCUGCUCCAACACCUCUAACAUCACCUAAACAAAAGCAAGAAAAUGGCUAUGCAGUUGUUGGUCAUGGCAGGUUUAUGCUGAAACUGAUUGAAUAGGCCUGAAAGGUCUUGCACAGUCAAAAUCAUGUUUAUGAAAUUUGAUGAUAUUGAUGAGGAUGUUUUUUCACUCCUCAAUUGUCCAGUGUUGGUGAUCACGUGCCCACUGGAGCCGCCGCUUCUUGUUUUUAGCUGAUAGGAGUGGAACAUGGUGUGGUCAUCUUCUGUAAUAGCCUAUCCUUGACGAGGAUUGACAAGUUGUGCUUUCCGAGAUGCCGUUCUGCACACUACUGUUGUACUGCGCCGUUAUUUGUCUGUUUGCGGCCAUCAUGAUAGCUUGUACGAUUCUUGCCAUUCUCCUUUGACCUCUCUCAUUAACAAGCUGUUUUCGCCCACAGGACUGCCGCUGACUGGAUAUUUUUGGUUUGCCGCAACAUUCACGGUAAACCCUAGACUCUGUCAUUUGUGAAAAGCUCAGUAGGGCGGCCGUUUCUGUGAUACUGGAUCUGGUGCGCCUGGCACAGACGAUCAUACCACGCUCAAAGUUGUAUAGGUCACUUGUUUUGCUCAUUCUGACAUUCAAUUGAACAGAAACUGAAUGGCACAAUGCCUGUCUGCCUACUUUAUAUAGCAAGCCACAGCCAUGUGACCUAGUGUCUGUAGGAGCAUUUUUUGUGAAACCAUGUGCCAUUGCUUUGUGUAUCAGCAAAUUUACUUGAGAUAAUCUCACCCCAACACUGCGUCCAUGUUGCUUGACAUACAGUUGAAGUCAGAAGUUUACAUACACUUAGGUUGGAGUCAUUAAAACUUGUUUCUUUAACCACUCCACAAAUUUCUUGUUAACAAUCUUUAGUUUUGGCAAGUCGAUUAGGACAUCUACUUUCUGCAUGACAAGUCAUUUUUCCAACAAUUGUU